CUCCGCUCGAGCCCCUGGCAGAGGGAGCGGGAGGUCAGGCGUCCUGAGGGAGCCCCUUGGGCGCGAAGGGGCGCGAAGGCGGGAUUAAGCCGCAGAGGCGGCGGCGAGGCAGGCAGCCGCUCGGAGCAUGGCAGAAAGGGAGCCGCGGGCGCUGGCUGACCCAGAACGCGGCAGGUGGACGAGACCUCCGAGGAGACGCCGCCGCCGCUGCUGACGAAGACUUGGGCGAAGCGGGAAGCGGCGAGCCAGAGCAGCCUCGGCAACGGGCGACGGAGCGCCGCGGAGAGGAUGGCGCUGGAAAGCAGCAGCAGCAGCAGCGCGCACUGGAUGGGCUCCCUGCCGUCCGCCCUCAGCGCCCUUCCUCUGGCCAAUCUGGCCAUCCCAGGUAAGACCCUGCUCUGCUUUGGGCUCCUCCAGGGUUUCCCGGCACCUGCUCCUUCCUGCCUUGCUUGUGUAGGGGAAUCCAGCCGCAUUACUAGGAAGGGGGUUUUGUUUGUUUUUUAAGUGGUGUAGCCUAGUGGUUAAGAGACUUAGCCGAACGAGUUAGGAAAUCCCAGGGAAGCCACUCUCUAUUUCAGCACCACCGCUCCAGUGGGAUAACGCUGACUUCGCUUGUCGUAACGAUUACAGGUGUAUGCGGUGUUUUUCCCCCCCUUUAAAAAAUUGUUUAGGGGGGCUCUGAUUUUGACUCGAGAAAACCCCCAUUUUAUAGUUCGAAUCGGGAAAAAUAAAUACAGUAAAUGGACAAAAGUACCGUACAAAGAUUCACAAAUCUUUUGGGGGUAUGCUCCCCCCUAGAAAACAACAACACUGGAUGUAUGUGAUAAUAGAUCAUAGAGUUGGAAGGGACCACAGGGGUCAUCUGGUUCCAACCCCCUGCGAUGCAGGAAUCUUUUGUUCCACAUGGGGCUCGAACCCACGACCCCCAGAUAAAGUCUCAUGGUCUGCCAACUGAGCUAUGUUGGGUAAUGUUUGUGAAACAUUUUAAUGUGUUGUACAAAAUGUGAAGUAUUAAUACAGUUUUGCUGUUAUUAGGCACUCGUGGAGUAAAUCAUCAGUCUUAAACCAUACUAUCACAAUGAGGAAAAUCAGAUCUUAAAUUGUACUGUUUUGGUGGGGUGACUAACACACAAACAUAUAGUUCUUCUGAUUGCAGUUUUAUUUAUGAUGUCUUUCCCUUCCUGUUUAUGGGGUUUCAGAUUUUAUUGUUGAUUUAUUCUAUGCUGUCAGUUAAAUCAGGGAUAUUCACUGAAACAGGUUAGACAUUCCAUAGGCAACUAAAACAUUUUGGAAUACUAUUGUUUCCCUAAUGUAUUUUCACCAAUCUUCUGGCAAGGCAGAACAACAAAAAAUGAAAGGCCUCUUUUGGAUAGUACCCAAAAGCAAGGUUUGUGAGCAGAAGCUGCUCUUUUCAAUUAUUUUUUCUCAAGGAAUGUGUGUGUGUGUGUGUGUGUGGUUAUUUCAGAAUACCAAUCUGCAGCAUAAUUUCUGAGUUUUUGGAAACACACCAAAGUUAUUAAAACCUCAAAAAAUAAGGAAACAAGGUGCUUCUAGGGCUGCAGCAUUAGGAAGUAGAGGAAAAAACCCUGGACUAGUUGCUUAGUGCUUGAUCAAAGAAGCAGAUGUCAUUACGACUAGAAAGUGUUGACUCUGAAAUAUAUGUAUUGAGAAGAGCUUAGUUCCCUGGAUCUGUUUUCCUCCUACAUUUCAACCUCUUUGGUGCAGAGGUGUUCCAUCCUCCCAAUCACAUAUUCAUUCGUUAAGUAUCUGAGCACUAGUCAAAACAAUCUGGCUCAAAACAAUCUGGUGUCAUUCAAGAAAUGAUCCUUUCUUUGUGGUUAAAUCUGUGGUAACUAGUUGUCAGUGUCUUGCCGUUUAAGGGCAUCCUCUAAUCUUCCACCUGAAAUGGACCACUUUACCAGUAACUUUUCUACCUGGUCACAGAAUGGUUAUUUACCAUUUGUUCAUUUUCAUUUACAAAUAUAUUCUGGUGAAACAUCUCAAAAGUGGUUAGCAAUUUAAAAAAAAUCAAAAAUAAAAGCUUUCUUGGACAAACAACAAAAAAGUCAAGUCCAGUACAGAUACAGACUGUUGUUGUUGUUGUUGUUGUUGUUUUUUAACCUACCUAAAUGGCUUGUUCCUCAGGUUCCCAAACCUGUAUCCCCCUCAAACAGUGUCUGAAUAAGUAAAGGCCUGUUCAAACACUCAUACUAGUGCAGUAGUGAAGAAGCUUUCCAAUGGGGACUACUAGCCACUGCUGUAGAACCAUCAGUGGAGGCUGAAUUCCCACCUGUAUCUGUCAUUGUUGGGGUUGCGUGUGUGAUGAAGGCAACUCAGCUAAGCAUUGGAAAGCAGAGAUUUGCUGAUUACCCCUUGCUCUGCAAGGUUUCCUGGCAUUCUGGACUAGAUUUUGAUGUUGUGGGGAGGGGAGAUGAAGGGGUGAGAAAGUUCCACUGCACAAGCGGAAGUCCACUUUAAAAGAGGACUUGGAUACAUCCCAUCAUUCCCCCCUGAGUCUCUGCUCCCUAAAUAGCUUCCAUGUCACUGCCCCAGUGAAAGUUGGAGUUAUUUAUGUGAAGGAUUUAAUGAGAAGAUAUGCACAAAACUUGACAUUGGAUUGCAGAGAAUACUCAUUCUUGGUACCACUGCCAAAGUCUUAUCAAAAAGGUGAUAGGGUCAAGCUGUUCUCUAAAGGGGUUUCCUGUGACCUAAUAUUUUGUUAUUGAACUGAAUUCAAAUAUCACAGAUGCAGGCAACAAAUUGACUAUAUAUACUUGGUUUCUUCCAGGGGAGUAGGAGAGGAAACACAUUUACAUACAUACUCAUGUGCAUAUGUAUUCUGCAUGAUACACUUCUCUGCCCAGUGCCCAUAAAGGUGUGAUAGAAUAAUAUUUUCCCUUUUUUAAGAUAAAGAGAAUGGUGGUUGAACAUUACUGUAAAUGAGCCUGGUUAACCAGGAUAAAAUGUUCAGUACUGUCUCCGGCUUUAGGAUGUAAUCGGAUAACUAGCUGAGGUCAAACAACAUUCCCCAACACAGCCUAGGUAGACUGUGUAUUAUUGCAAUUAUAGACUUAUUAUUGAGGAAGGGUGAUCUUUUCUUAGAAAUAUUCAUAGUUGGUUUCUGCUAGAGACAGGAUACCAGACUAGAUGAAUCAUUGUUCUGCUGUAGUAAUGACCAUGUCUGUUCAUCUCCCAGAACUGGCAAAGCACAGCUAGACACGACCUGGCAUUUGGCUUGUCAUGUUUUGCAUUUGCAGGACACUUGUCAAACAAGGAAUGUCGCAGUUCAGCAGAACUACAGCUUCAGCUCUGCUCUUCAAGAUAUUAAUAAAUCUAUGAAAGGCCCUGUUGGGGCAUAACAGUACAACUGCUCCAGUAAAUGUCUGCUCAUAAUCCUCCAUAUGUUUCUUGAUAAGGGAUGGGGAGUGUAUCCCUAUUAAAACUAAUCUCAUUUUAAUGUCUAGAGAGACUGAGGAGAUAUGAAAACAUGCUUUGAAUUUAGAGGUCGAUUGGCUUAUUGAAAGAACUUUCUCCAAACCUAGAUCCUGCUACUGCAUUUUCCAAAAUGGCUCAACAUCUAAAAUUGACCAUAAAACUGAUAAUUAUAAUGUUGCAAAAAAGAGGCUCUAUUUAUCAAAAUUUGCAGAUCUUCUAUAAUUCAGGGAUAGCCAACAUAUAUUGUUCAACUGCAACCCCCAUCAUCCCUGUUCAAUGGCUAGAUUGGUUGGGCUGAUGGGAAGUGGAGUCCAAUAAUGUAGAGGGCACCACAUCUACGCCAAUCUAGUUCCUCUAGCUAGUUGUGAGAGGCCUUGUGUAUGCUGCCAAUGGAAUAGAAUGGGGAGAGAUAAGAAGAGCUCCCUGGCUGUAGCAUUCCAGAAUUUCAGGCAGGAUUCUUGCCAAGCCCUAUGUGAAGACUCCAGGGAUUGAACUAGGGACUGCAUGCAAAGCAGUUGCUCUACCACUGAGCUAUGGUGCUUCUCUUAUCUGGGUUCAGGAGAAGCCAUAGCUAACAGACUAGCCUUGGCUGGGCAUAGGCACUUCUAGCCCCAGAGGCUCGAGAGGCUUCAGUUCUUUAGGACUUUGUCUUCAGUCAAAGCAUAUAUGGAAUGAAACAUAGCUAGCAAUGAGAACUUUUAGGUAUGGCUUCCUUUAGUUAUUAAUGCUUACAUCAUAAAUAGCCACGUGCCAUAAUGCUGAUAAUGAGUAAUGCUCAAAUGAUUUCUACUGUUUAUUCUAGUCAUUCCAUUGAUGUGCCUUAACAUAAAGAUAACAUGAGAAAUUGUGAGCUGUGUGAAUAAGUACAGUCUUUUUCCACUCCUGAAUCUCCCAACAUUCAGCUUCUUUGGCUCUUCUUGAGUUCUAGUAUUAUGGGGGGGGGGGACUUUUCUCUAUCCACUUUCUCCAGAUCAUUCUGUAUAUCUCUGUUGUAUCUCUUCUUAUUCAAGUACGAUUAAUAUUGGCUAACUCCCCAUAUCUCUAGUUUUCACAGCUGAAUUAUAACCAAUUUCUUUUACUGGCUUUAGUCUCCCUCCUGGAAGUUAAUACUAGCCAAUAUUUUGUUGUUGUUUUCUUUCUGCAGUAAGCAUAGCAUAUCAGUUCACUCUGUGUGAUGCUGUACAUUGGUAAGUCACAUUGAGUACUGAAAUAAUUUCCUAUUACAUCAUGAGCCAGAUACUUUGCAGCUUUUACACUAAGCAACUUAAGCCGUCUGUGUAUCUAUUUAACAGUGCAAUCCUAUGCAUAUCUACUCAGAAGUUAGUCCCAUUGAGAUCAAUGGAGCUUACUCUCAUUUAAGUGGGAAUAGGACUUCAGCCUCAGUUACUUGUUGUAAUUUUAUCUGUCCUAUGGUGUAAUAUGAAUAUGUUAUAGUACUUGAAGUACCUUACAAAACUGAUCAUGCUGAAAUUGCAUGUUGUCUUCUGCUGAAUAUUAGUAAUGAGUGGAAGGGAUGCAUCAAACCUUAAUUAUAUUCCUCAGAAGUAGUUAUGUAUCCUAACAUGUGUCAAUUUAAAAACACUUGUUUCUUGAUUAAUGUUUGCUCAGUGAAAUUGUGACAAUAUGGAAUGGGAGAGCCAUGUAUUCUGAGCUGGAGCAAUCAGCUCAAACCUCUACACAUGUUGAGCUUCUCAGGUAGACUAGAGGUUGAAUAGUAGGAUUGAUUAUGCAUUUUCUCCCAAGGUAAGGGGAAGUGACCUUGCUAAGCCUGGUAUUAACCCAUUCAUACAUUAGAUUUAAGUAUGUUGGUUAUAUGAGGCUGGUUAUCGCACAUGUUAUGAUUUAACAGUAAACAGUGGGACAACCCCCCACCCCCACCCCACUGCUCAGACCUGUACCUACAAAUUAUGAACCUGUGACUAGAAAUCGUCACACCAACAGAAGCGUGGAUGAACCCUGUGCAAGUGUAAUCCCUGUGAUGAAGAAGAGUUGAUAGCAGUGUGCUGAAUACGUAGGUGCUUGUUAAAUCAUUGAGUUUAAUAGAUGCUCAUCCAAGCUUGCCAUAUGAUUAAACAAGACACAUGGGAUUGGGUGAUGGCACAUACAAGGUUCCUAUUCUUUAGCAGCAAGUUUACGAAGAUGCAGGGAAAUGAUGACAAGCUAUUGACUUGCCUUUUUCACUUUUCCUUAACUAGCAUACGUCAGGAACAAAUGUUUUACUUCCUUAUAGCACAUGACAUUUUAUGUCACGGGCUUCUAACAUUCAAAUUCAUGGGCACCAGUAUGUCUGUUUGCUAAGCCAAAUUUCUAGCCACUUAGAUGACAGCCAUUUGGUGUCCUUUAACUUACCAUUGUAAACAAGUAAACUCAUUUUGGCAAGUUAGCUAGUUUAACUCAUUCAGAAUUGUUACACUAAGGUUUAUAUUGGUCAAAUGCAAUAUAAAUGGUGGAUUUCUUGCAGGUGGUCCUGAUUGGUUAGAAUUGCUUGACGAGGCCCUGGGCCCUGAAGUUCCCCUCAGAAAUAAACACACAGACAUGAGCAUGUUGGGUUAAUGGGAUAAAUUAGGCCACAACUUUAUUGGUUACAGAUGUUAGCGGUUUGGCUUAGGCAUUUGGGUGAAGCCAGACUACCGUAUUUUUCGCUCUAUAAGACACACCAGACCACAAGACGCACCUAGUUUUUGGAGGAGGAAAACAAGAAAAAAAAUAUUCUGAAUCCCAGAAGCCAGAACAACAAGAGGGAUCGCUGCACAGUGAAAGCAGCAAUCCCUCUUACUGUUCUGGCUUCUGGGAUAGCUGCGCAGCCUGCAUUUGCUCCAUAAGACGCACACACAUUUCCCCUUACUUUUUAGGAGGGAAAAAGUGAGUCUUAUAGAGCAAAAAAUACGGUAUAUCCUGGCUCUCCUGCCCAUCUGCAGGAAGUCUCUCAAGGGUCAACCACCUAUAAGGGGGAGCCCUAUGAUAUACAUCAAUUGAGAGCACCCCCAGGGUCACUGAUGGGGUCAUGGCAUGGCCCUGUUAGGAUAUUUCCAUUCCACCUUAAAAAGGGAGCAGGUUGUUGUGUCACAGCCUGCGUAUUUCCUGUUAACAGGAAGUUUAUGUUUUGUAUAUGCUUUCGUUCUCUCUCUGUGCCUGAACACACAAGGAGGCAGUCAUGUUUUUUCUUUGUUCUGAUCAACACUGAAUAAAGUUGUAAAUAAUGCUCUCCUGAGUGUACCUUUCGUUGUACGAACUCCGCUGAUAGAGCGUGCACGAGCUCUGGAAUGUGGCAAGCUAUUUCUUGAGGCUCGUGUCGCUAAUUGACUGAUACUGCGUUACUACGGGAGAUUGAUGGAUCACAACGGAGACGGCGUGGGGGCAUGAUGGCCUUUGUCUCCCUGGCAGUAUCCCAACAGGCCCUAGCCCACGCCCAGGCUUUGGACAGGAACCACACCCCCGGAUCCCUUUAAUGGGAUACCCUUAAUGAGGAGGGGCAGGCGGAGGCAACAACCUCCCCUCCCAUAAACAAAGCUUAUUCAAUGCCUAACCACCACUCAAGCCAAAAUGCUCGCCGCCAACAACCUCACCUGCAACCAACACCUAAUGCCAUCAACAAUAUCAGCCAGCCAAAAAUCAUUACCCUUAUCAGAAAGGUAAACACCAUUGUUACGAAACAAGGCCACCUAGUUGAACAUAAUAGCGGGAUGCCGUAUCACCCGGCCCUUCAAGAGCUGCACAUUCUGUUCCACUGCACGAUUAGCAAUUCUCUUGGCCCUAUUGAUUGCCGCCAGAUGGGGGCAAUCCCGCCAACAACGCCUCUCCAAAGGCUGGGACCAGAUUAACGUCAAGUCCGGGGUGUGUGACACUGCCGGGAGCCCUGAUGACGUGGGCAGCACCCCUCUGCCCACUCCUGGGUCACUGCGAGGUCCCGGAUGUCCACCAGCAAUGGCUCACCUCUGGGGAAGGGGAGCGGUCUAAUGACAUCUUCUUCAGCCCCUCCAAAAAGCUCCCUUGUGUGUAUCGAUAGACCUAGCUCUGCUUUAAACAGAAGCUUGAGUAAAAGCAUGGUUAAUUAUUUUGGGGAAAUGGUGUGUGUGCUUGUAUGAGGGCAAUGAAUAAGGUAUUCUUUACAAUUUCCUCAAAAUAGUUUUGAACCAGCAUGAAUUAGUUCAAAUAAUAAAAAAAUAAGUUGCUUUGGACUCCUUUCCAUCUGUACCACAUUUGUCUGAAGUUUAACAAAUAGCAACAGGUUCUUUUAAAUCUGUGUUUGAUUGCUUAAUUAUUUGACUGCUUGCUCAACUAGAAAACCAUAAAUGACAAUGAUUAUAUGUUACCAUUGCUUUUUACAAAAUAUUAAAAUAACUCAUCAAACAUUUAAAAUGUGUAAUGCAGGAUAAAACAUAAGAAAGAGUGGCUUAUGGUCCGAGUUUCAAGAAUUAUGUUUUCUGCACUGUUUUUCCAGUAUUGGAACUAACUCCAGGAAAAUGAUGAUCUGCUAGCUGCUGCCUUUAAUCUCUGUGGCAUCUGUUGAACUGUCCCUUCUCUCUUCCACCCUCUCCUCCCUUCCUUUCAUCUCUCUGUGUGCAUGCUGGAUAUUAGUUUCGCUGGGUUUUGACACAAUUCUUUCCAUGAGGAUAGGUUCAGCUGUUUCUCUUCACAGCCUGCACUACGCCCUUCCGCUCUCGUCCCUACCUCAGCACUUAGCAAAAUUAUGAUUCUUACAGCCUGUGGUCCUAUGUCUAUGACUGCACGUGUUUAUUUCCCUACUUUGAAUAAUUUGCUGCAUAAAAAGCUAAAAGUCUGUCUCAUGCUUUUAUAACCAUUUCUGGGUUGCUGUUUUUCUUUUCUUUUAAAAACCAGUUUAAUGUUUAAUACACACUGAUCUGCUCUUGGUGUAAACAGUUAUUCUUAUCAAUUGCUGCUGCACACAUUAAUAAUAGACUCAUAAAAUUGUAGAGUUGGAAGGGGCCCUGAGGACCAUCUAGUUCAACCCCCUGCAAUGCAGGAAUAUGCACCUUUCACAUGCGGGGAUUGAACCUGCAGUCUUGGCGUUAUCAGUGCCACACUCUAACCAACCUAGCUGUCCACACCUAUAUUAGUCUUACUCUGGAUGUGUUACGUCUUCAUAGUAAACCAGGGAUAGCUAUCCCUUUUCAGCUUGAGGGGCCACUUUUCUCUGGGGGCUGCAUAGCAGAGCGGUUAUAGCCAAAAAUGUGGUAAGGUCCACACUCUUAUGCACAUGUAUUCACACACCAUACACACAAACACACAUACCACUUACACACUGUCACACACCCUAACCAUGUUAUUGUUUCAUCCUGUUAUGAAAAGUACUGACAUCAAAAGAUCUUGUCUGUGGUAGGCUUAUUACUAUGCGGAACUCCUUCAGUGAGAUUAUGCAUGUGUCACCUGAGAUAGCAGUUUUCAAUAGCUAUUGAAAUCGCCCAAAAACUGAAGCUGUUAUCUUGAGAGGGCUAAACCCUUUGACAGUGGUAACGAGGAAAUUCCAUCACAGACUUGCUUGUCAUAUAUUUCUGGUGUUUGCAAUUCCAGGAUUUCAAUUUGAGAGAGAGAAUGUGGUGAGCAUAAAUUUGAAGAGGACAGGUGUUGAUGGGCAAGUGUGCAUUGAUGAGACAAGGACGAAAUAUUUGAAGUGGGUGCUCACUGCUAAUUUUCCACUUCCCCAAGUUAACAUGUACAUAGUUGAAAUUACCUUUGCACCUUGAUGAUCAUCAAGUAAAAGACAGAAGGCAUUCCAUGUUAAGCAUUGGAAUUAGAACAAAACUUGGUUAAAUGGAAACAUUGUUUAAUGUUGCACAAGAGGCAACCUCUGACUUCUCUGACGUAUGCUGCAAUUCUGCCAUCAGCAUUUUCUAUUCCACAUUUUUCCUCCCUUGAUUCAACAAAAUAAAGAUCCUGCAACACAGUGAAGACAUUUGAAGAUUCCAUGCCACCUUAUGUCACUUUUGGGGUAGGGCCUAGAAUGCUGUUGCAAUUGUCAUUUCAUUUACUCAAGCUGUGAUUCAUUUGUAAUAUAUACUCAUGGAAAGUAAUAACCUUGCAAUGUACUUGUACAAUGUGGAACUGAACUCACAGAAGAUUACAGAUAAUGACUGUAAAAUACUUCAUGGUUUAACUUUGAACCUUGGACCCUGACCUACAGCAAAAUCAUUUUCUGUAGUAUGAAGAUACACACAGCCCAGGAAAAAUGUAGGAAGCAUAAAGACAAAUGCUUCCCUUUAAAAGCUUGGCUACGAGGGGAACAGAUUUCUACUCCUAUGGCAUGGGGACCAAUCUGGAAUAGGCUGAUGAAGAGAUUCAUUGAAGGGCAAAGCAGCUAAGCUUGACCAUCUGUUUUCUUGGAGGUCAUGUCAGCAUGAAAAUGCAGAGAUGCAAAUUUAGAGAAGGCAACACCACUACAAAAAAAAAUCUGCUUUAUUUAAUCUCCAAUUUACAGCAGCAUAAUUAUGACUCCACAAAACAGUUUGAAUAGAACAAACAUUAUACUUAAAAGCUCGAUGUUGGUUAAUUGGGCUUACAAACAGUGCGCUGCAGUGGGCAGGUCAGUCUAUAAUUGCCUACUGGAUUGCUAGAUUUUUCCCUAAAGGAGCGGAUACUGACUUUGCUGUGAGAUUAGCCUUCAGCUCUAGUAAGCCAAAUUCAUACGUUUGAUAACAUUUAUCAAUAGCCUACAACUUCUGCUUGGAUUUCUAUAUGGGAAAGAAGUAAGUGCGCAAAAGUCAAAAUUAUAUCACACCUGCAGAGACAGUAUCUAAAAGCAGAUAUGAGAACAUAUCUCUGAGAAAGGAGAUGGAUGUGGAUGAGCCACCGUAAAAAUCAUCAUCAUCUUCAUCAUCUUGAAAUAAUUUGCCCCUGGAAAAGCAACAAAUUUCAGUAUCCAGAAUAUUGUUAGUUUCUUAGUAUUGUGUAUUUGCCACUUUUGCUGUGUAUGGCAUUUUCACUUUUAUCCCAGAAAGAUCAUGGUGAUCUUUUUAUUUUUAUUUUUUAAAAAAUGGUUGCAUGCAUUAGACCUGCUGAUUUCAAACAGCAAAUGACCCUGGGCUGAAUUUGAAUAAGUGUUUUGAAACCACUGAGCAUCUAUCUCAAAAGAUCCAAUUCAGUGUCAAAAUGACCUCUUAGAAAGAGAGCAUGUGUGAAUGCUAAGCAGAAUUCCAUGUUGCUGUCUUGUGUGCAUCGUCACAUCAUGCUGAUCUCUGCUGCUGAACCAUGUCUGCAAACGUUUCUUAAUGUGGGUUAGUGAUGGGGUGCUGAAAACAGGAUUCAGGAAAUGGCAGUGAGUGCAUGUUAUUGACUCAGCAUGUCCUGGGUAGGGCUAGGAGUGAAGAUGAGUAUGUAUCCCACGGCUACUGUGCCCCUAUGUGGCUAUGAGAACAUGGUCUAAAAAUACUCAGCAGAACCCCCUAAGCAUUCAAAUGCUUUGACAUGUGAGAGAAAAAUCUCCCUAGAAGCUGCAUUUUUAAAGUGGAAAAAAUAGCAAGAAGGGAAAUGGUUAAGCAGCCUCUGCCCCAUCUUUCUCCCACUCUCAAAUGUUGCCACUGAGUCUGCUGUAAACAAGAACCCCAACCCAACUGUUCAGAACAUUUAAGUUGGCCCUAAGAAGGCUCUUGAUGGCCUUCCUUGUCUCUUUGCUGCAGCACUGAAGAGAACUCUAUUAAAUGAGUGUGUUUGUCAAGAGAGGUCAGUUGCGUUAUUCAUUUGGCUUAAUUUGUCAACAUAAUGUUUCCUCCAGCCCUUAGCCUUGUAACAACCAAAGCAAAAUGAGCAGUUCGGUUAGCUUGUAUUUUAAAGGCUGGUUUAAAGAUACUAAUCGGCUUGUUAAUGAUUUGAAUCCUCAAGCCUCAUGAGGUUUUACUGGGUGCAUUUCCAACUAGGUCAGCUUUGCUUCCAUGCUAGUGCACUGCCAAACUGGCAGUCAGGAAAUAAUAAUAAAAAAGCACUUUUCCACAAUUGACCUGAGGGGGCAUUUUAUGAAGAUUUAUGGUGGUGUAUCUACUGUUUGAGAACAAAAUGCAACAUAUUUUCAUAUACUGUAUUCUUUCUUUCUUUUUUAAGUACAUUCUAUUCUGAAAAUGUAUGGUGUUAUUUGGAAAUACUACAGCGGGUAGUAACCACAGAUUUCUGGGACCAAAAUAAUAUUUAUCCUUUUACCGCAGGAUUUCCCAAACUUGGGUCUCUGGCUGUUUUUGGACUACAACUCCCAUCAUCCCUAGCUAGCAGGACCAGUGGUCAGGGAUGAUCGGAAUUGUAGUCCAAAAACAGCUGGAGACCCAAGAUUGGGAAUCAUUGUUUUCCUGCAUGGGACAAGGAUGGAGAACUGUGGCCUUCUAGAUUUUGAUGGCUCUCCCGAUCACAGACCAUGCUUGCCAGGACUGAAGGUAUGUGGAAUCCAGCAACAUAUGGAGGCAUACCAGUUUUCCAUCCCAAACAUAGGACCCACAAAGAUAGACUUGUCUGCUUCUUGAUGUGUAGUUCCUUUUCUGCUUUCUGGACAGAUGUGUUUAGAAUAACCCAUACACUCUACAGCAAGCUCAAAUGAGGCUCCUGUAACUCCUUUAGAAAAUGAUAGAAAUAAUUUACAAAUAUUCUGUAUAUACUUACUGUUGUUAUUCAACAUAGUGACUGCUUAGCAAGGUGUGCUAGAAUGGGCAAGUGACGGGUUUGCAAUUGGCUGGGCUAAUUGCAAGAAUGUUAGGAAGGCUAAAGAGAUUAUCCAAAGGGCACGACAUGUUAAAUUAAGCAAAGUCAAUCACUCUCCCCUGUUCCUCUCUCCCUCUCUCUGACUCAACUGACACAACUAGCCCAGCCUUUUCACUUUCUUCUCAAAUAUACGGAAGACAAAUCAGUUUUCUUUUUAAAGCUGAGAAAUAAUAGUUUCAAUAUGUGUGUUUUAACGUGCAUUUCCCCUUCUGAUAUGUACUUUUUUCAAAUGACAGGACUUCUGCCAUGAAGUUACAGAAUAUUGUUGUCCUUUAAAAAAAAAAAAAAAAAAAGCUUAUUUUCCGGAAAACUGGGAGAGGGUAUUUUGCAAAUCUUUCUUAGAUUUUCGAAUACAACAGUUUGACUGACAGUGUGCAUGAUUUGCUGGAAUCAGCUGGCUCUAAAAUGCUUUUGUGGAUUGUGAAUAUUAGCUUCUUCCAGUGCAAUGAAUUAGGUAGAUUACAGAUGGAAAAACCAAUAUACAUAUAAGGGAUUAGCCUCACUUCACACUGGAGGUACUUAUAGUCAUGAGGAGGGCCCGCAAAUCUUUGUACUUAACUCUGUUCUCUGAUUGCUAGCUAAUGCAUCUUCAUUCCAUUGUCAUUCUGAAAUUCUUGAAAGGGAGGAAUGGCAACAUUAAUUUUCUUUCUUUUUGAGUAACAUUUAUUGGUUUUCAUUGGAAUAAUAACUUUUCCAUGGAGACCAGUACUGUAUAUUGAGAAGAAUCUGAAUGCAUGCAUAUUGCUAUCAAGCUCUAUUUAUGUGUGGGUGGGUGGGGAAUAUCUGUGUGCAUUCAUAGCCUUGAAGAGCAUGGGGUAGCUACGAAGGUAAAUUUACAUUGAACCCUCUCACAAUGCCUUUUACCAUCACACUGUUAGAAUGGUUGUGGUACUUACUAAACAACAAGAUUAAAAAGGCAAUUAUGCACCUGCAGUUACCUUCUAUGAUUAAAAAGAUAAGAGGGUUGGGGAGAGCUUAAUAGGGGUGUGAUAUGCCCAUAUGCUAAUUUUGUGGCUUGAAACAUGCAAAUAGGUUGUAGAACAGUUGUUUGCCCCUGCUACGUUGCAUUCCAAGGGCACAUGUGCAUUGGUGGCUUUCUAAACUUUUCAGUGCAAUACAGUACAUGUUCACUCACAUCUGAGUAUUCAGCUGGAUAUUAACCAUGAUGGCUAUGUUCCACUGUCAGCGGCAGUAUGUCUCUGAAUAGCAGUUAUGGGGACUUGAAGAUGGGCAAAGUACUGUUGUUCCUGCUUGCAAGCUUCCCACAGGCAUCUGAUUGGCCACUGAAGAACAGGGUGCUGGUUGAGGUGAGCCAUUGGCCCAAUCUAGCAAGUUCUUCUUAUAGUCUUAUGUAAUGGGACUUGCUCCCAGAUAAGUGCAUGUUGAAAAGCUGUUGUGCACUUCCUUGAAUUGUGUGGGAGCUGGAUUUGUUCUGCUUAUGAGACAUAGUUUAGUUCCUCCUGGAUGAUCAGAGUAUGAGUAACUCUCAUUAGUUGGCAUCUUUCCUUUUACAUGGUUUUGUGCCAGCUCACUGUCAUUUAUAUUCAGUCACAGAGGAAGAAAUUCUUCUUUGUUUAUCUGCUCUGGCUUCAGGCGAAAGAAGCUCUUACCUCUUCAACAUUUAUUUUUCUUCUGUUGUUCGGUCUCUGAAGAUCAAAUAUGUGAAGUGCUUUGAACAAGAAUUCCAUGUGUAAAGCAAAAGAACCAAUUUUUAACAAAUUCGUAAAGUAAAAAUAAAAAAGUCCUAAACAAAGAGGUGAGGAGGGUAAAUCCUUCAUGAUGCUGAUUGUUGCUGGCAUUCUCAGAAUGCGGCACAUUGAUGUUUUGAUUUGUACACUGUAUGGGCAUCCAGGUGGAUUCAAUGCCACUAACAAGGUAAUCCAUUUAAGACCUUCAUCUCAUUUGCAGCUCAAACUGGGCAUGGCAGGAGACAUGUUUUUGAAGAGUCUGCUUGCGAGAACACAUUAGGUGGAUUCCAACCCCUAGCAAAUGGCAUAUGUCUGAUAACUCUUUGCAAAUAAGGAACCCUUUUUUGUAAACUUUACUGUUUGGUGGUUUGUUUGUUUUUUAAAGGAAACAACUGGUGAAAUUAAAAAUAAAUAAAAUAUCAUGUUAGUUACAAUGACUAUGUUCCAAGAACAAACUCUGGCUACAGAUCAUGUUUCCUUUCAUCCCUCUGUGAGCCAGGAGGAGCAAAGUGAGUACAGUUUUGCACAUGCACAGUAAGAUAUGAUUUAUGCCUUUCCAUGACAUGCUGAAGCAGCCUAGAAGUGUCAUCAUACCAGCAUGUGCUCUUUAGUGUUUAGCAUACGAUGUACCUUUAACAAGAAGAUAUUUCUUAAGAUAACAAGACAACGGUGAUACAUUAUGUAUCAGUGUUCAACGCAGCAGGCUAAGUAAUCCAGAGGGAAAAGCUAAUGGUAAACUGACUGCUUGCUACUCCCUAUCUCUGACUUGUUUGCAGGUACCUGUCGCUGGAAGACUGUCCAGUGUAAGACUAGUCCAAUAUUAGCACAUGGAAUGUGCAGUUAAAGCCUUUGAUCUGAAAACAUCUAGGAAGCAUUUCUCUCACCUAACACAAUCGCAUAGCAGACAUAGGAUGUCGCCUUCUUAGGCCAGGGUAGGCUACAGUGUCAGAGGAUAAACCAUCACAGGAAUGAAUGGCUUCAUCUGGAGCACCUUAUUUGGGUGUGUUGGGUGUAUACACUGUGGGGAAGUUCAGUCAAGCAAUUAAGCUCACCCCAGAAAACAGCUGUUUAGCAGAGUUGUCUUUACUAGGUCAACACCAACAUACACUACUAUACAUACACACACAAAGGUAAAGGACCCCUGGACAGUUAAGUCCAGUCAAAGGUGACUAUGGGGUUGCGGCACUCAUGUUAUAAGUAGUCUUCUCUCUCUGAACCUAGAGAGGGCUCUCUGUUUCAAAGUGUUUGCUGCGUUAAAGUCCAUAGCCAAGUCUUUAGUUCAGUUGCCUUGAAAGUCCUGCAACUGGUGGAAUUCUCUCAAGUUCUGAAGUCUAGCAGUUUUCCAACUUCCUCCUCAGAAAAUCUCUUGAAAAAGUCCUCACUCAAAUCCACAGUUCCAGCAGAGAGCCAUCAACAAUUCCUGCAAUCUCCCACCAGGACCCACACAGUAUGCUGUAACCUGAGCUCCUUUAUAUACAAAGUGACUUACCAAGUAACACAGAUAAGAGAGUAGCAAGAUGCCUGCAGAAGCAUUGUGGGGAACGAGUUGUCUCUGCUGACUUGAGGAGAAUUAACCCAUUAACUGCAUUCCUAAAGACACUUUUGUAUUAGAAAAAAUGACAUUUGAAUACAGUGGUACCUCAGGUUACAAACUUAAUUCGUUCUGGAGGUCCGUUCUUAAACUGAAACUGUUCUUAACCUGAGGUACCACUUUAGCUAAUGGGGCUUCCCGCUGCUGCCGCAGCUUCUCAUCCUGAAGCAAAGUUCUUAACCCAAGGUACUAUUUCUGGGUUAGCAGAGUCUGUAACCUGAAGCGUCUGUAACCCGAGGUACCACUGUAAUGGGUUAUUGCUUGUCAGCUUCUAAUAUUUCUGUAUGACCAUUUCUCUUUAGACAAGGUCCUAUCUGGGGAUAUCAGUAACUUUUACAGAAAAUAGUGUCUUGGUAGUGAAACAUGAAGUUCAAGGUUUUGUUAAAUUCUGAGUUGGUAAAUGCUGAAUUGGUGGAUGGUAAAUGUGUGUGUGAAUCCUGACAUUGCAAGCUGGAAACAUCUGUUUUUCUCCUUUGUGUGCAUGGUUCUUCUUCCAAGGAAUCUACACAAAAGUCUGGUCACCUGCUUAUCUCCUUAGGCAGCCUCCACCAAUCUGGUGCCCUUAGUUGUCCUGACUGGGGCUGAUGAGAGUUGUAGUCCCAAACAACUAGAGGACAGCAGAUUGACAAAGGCUUUCCUUUCAUGACCCAUGGAUGACAUUUGCUCAUCACCAAAUAUUGGGUGGGGAGACGGAGGUGGAAAACAUCUAACAUUGGAGCUUCUGUUUCUCCAAAUCCUGGCUUCCAGAACGCAACUACAAAAACAAACACCACAACUAAGGGCUAGUUCAGCAUGUAAAAUUCCUCCACUGCGGAUAUGUGCAGCUGUUCUAUAUGAUGGGGUUUUUUUUUAAUUCUUGAAUUGUUAGUAACAUUUCUAUGUUUUUGUAAUGCUGCAAAACAGUGACUGUUACUGUUUUGAUUUUAAUUAACUGCCUUAGGCAUUUUGGUAUAGAAAGGAAGAAUAUAAAUCUUUUGAAUUGAAUAACAUGUGAAGAGAGAUGCCAUGUCAGUGACUGCAACUGUUCCCUCCCCCCCAACAAUCCUGAUCAGAGGUGAGCCUGGCUGGCGGUAUUCCAUUUCUGUUGAACCAAACUCAUCCUAGCAGUAGCUCCAUCUGGUCUUAUAACCCCAUUUACAGCUGUGUGUAGUGAUUUAGAAGUGUUAACAAGUAGCCCUAAGUGAUUUUCCCAGUGUUAAAAAUGAGCAAUACAAGAAUGGAAUCCAGUUUUCCAGAAUCUGCUUCAGCGAAGAGCAUUUGGCAAACCCCAAGUUGUAGGACUAAAAUGAUGUUGUCUUUCUUCUCUGUAGGGUCACAUGAUUCCUUCAGCUACUGGGUUGAUGAGAAAUCUCCUGUGGGACCAGAUCAAGCCACAGCGAUCAAGCGGUUGGCUAAAAUCUCUUUGGUGAGGAAGGUCAUGAAGAAAUGGUCAGUGACACAAAACCUAACGUUCAAGGAGCAGCUUGAAGGUGGAAUCCGCUACUUUGACCUCCGUGUAUCUUCCAAACCAGGCGAAGCAGGUCAAGAAAUCUACUUCAUACAUGGUUUGUUCGGAAUCAAAGUAUGGGAUGGGCUGAUGGAGAUCAACACCUUCCUAGAACACCACCCUAAGGAAGUGAUCUUCCUGGAUUUCAACCAUUUCUACGCUAUGGAUAACAACCACCAUGCAUACCUGAUCAGUAGGAUCCAAGAGGUUUUUGGAUCAAGACUCUGCCCAAAGGAGUGUGUGGAAAACGUGACAUUACAAAACCUCUGGGAAAAGCAGCAGCAGGUAGGAAAGCGUUUCUCAUUUAGCAACAAAUUUCUAUAAUUCAAAGAACUCUUAGAAUUGAAAGUGUCUUGCUUGAACCUGGAAUGGGGAGGCAAGCAUGGAGUGCACCUUUCUUGCUCUGAGCUGGAGAAAGGAGCAGAGGAUUUCCCUUUGAGUUCAUCCUGCAUUUCAGAAGCAUAGCAUAAUACCUUGUCCCUUUGCGAACAGAACUCUAGUUGGUCAGUAAGGCAAGCCCCAGUUUGAUUCCUGUCUAUAACAUUCAUUAACUGUGUGUUCAGUACUGUUAGGAUUACUUUUGGGCUGCAAUCUUUCAUAGCUAUUGUUCCCUAUUAGACCCUCACCCCCUUUAAAGACUGCUAUGGGGCCUGGAUGAAACUAAAACAUAUCUCAUGGUAUGGCAACUGAAAUGCUGUUCUUUAAAGUAGGGCUGGGAAGCCGGUAGUUCCUUCAGCCACAGCCAGCAUAGUUAGUAUGCAGGAAUGUUGGGUUUUUGGAGUCCACAGUGUCCAUCUGGAGGGCCACAGACUCCCCAUUCCUGCUCUGAAGCACCUGGUAUCCCACCACCUUCCAGAUCCCCAACCCAUCAUGAUCUGGCUACCCUACUGUCCUCUGCAUCUGUAUACCAAUUGCUAGAAAUCGCAAGUGGGGAGAAUGCUGUUAGGCUUCCCAUAGGCAUCUGGUUGACCAUUGUGUGAAGAGGUGGGCUAGAUGGACAUGUGUUCUAGUACAGCAGGGCUAUUGUGCUUUCCUUAGUCACUGCCUUUCCUAUGAACAAGUGUCUGAUGCAGUUACCCCAGGCUUUCUCUUCUCCUGAGCUACUGUGGCCUUCAGUCUCUUUCGUUUAUUAGUUGUGGUGACAGCCCUGCUUCUGCUUGCCCUUCUCAACUUAUCAUGUUCUGUUGGUCCUGUGGAUUGCUGCAGACAUGGUCACCUGUACCUACCCCACCCCUUCCAGAGCAUCAGUGCAGCAACCCCCUGAAACUGUCUUUCUUGAUUUUCAGUUCCUUUUUUCUCAGUUACCAAUCAGGCUGACAGCACAGCAGUCAGUGCUAAAGGAGCUCCUCCUGGUGGCGUAUAUGAGUAUAGCGGGGUUGGGGGUUAGUGCUACUAAAGGUGCAGUCCUAAAACACACAUGAGAAAGUAUGUCUCAUGGAAUUUGUAGGGACUUGUUUCUCAACAAAUGAUCUAUGUUGUGCCGCAUAGAACUACGGCAACAACAACAACAAAUCAUUGCAAAUCCUCUUCUUUCUGCAUGUUAUGUUACAGUAUACGUAUUAUAUACUGUUUGGCACAAAGCAGUGAAUGGAAUAGUAAUACAAAAAAAGACUACAGUAAAUACAGCAUACCAAUCAAAACACUAUGAAAAAUCAUCAGUCACACUGGAUAUACAUUGGUUAGCUGCAUUCAUGCACUUACCACAGAUGCAGCCAACAUUUCUGUUCUCACUUAGAAGCCAAGGUACCACACACACACACACACACACACACACAGUCUCUCACCUAUGAGCAAGAACAUCCACAAUCACCCAGGGGAAGCAUCCUCACCUCCUCACAGCCCAAAGAUGAAAUCCAAAAAGCAGACUGAGCAAUAGUUGCAUUCUUAUGGUCACCUUGUGAAGUGAGUCUUGAACUCCUCAGCUCCUGCUUUUAACCUUUGUGUAAUCCCUAUUUGUGGCAAAUAUUGACACCAAUAAUACUGUCGUCCUGCUUGCCCAAUGUAUAGAAAGCAACAUUUUGUGUGAAAUUAUUUUUUAGCGCUGAAUGUAAGUGAAAGAAGAGCUUGUUCUGAUAUGUUCUCUCUCAAUUUCCCAGGUUCUCAUUUUCUACCAUCAUUGUCUCUAUGAACAAUAUCCCUUUCUGUGGCCCGGGAAUAAAAUCCCCGCACCAUGGGCAAAUACGACCAAUGUACAUAAACUGCUGCAGUUCUUGGACACUACUCGUGGGGAACGAGCAAAACAAGGAACUUUUCAUGUUUCUCAAGCUAUUCUUACACCAAGGGUCAAAACCAUUGCACGGAAUCUCAUCCGUGGCCUGAAAAACACACUUGUUCACAAGUAAGUGCAUGUUUUAGCUUCCUUUGGAAACCUUGUUAACCUGUGCUUGCAAUCCUAAACCCAGGUACCUAGGAGUAAGCCUCACUGAAUUCAAUAAGACUUACUUCUGAGUAGAUAUGGUAGCCUUGUCCUUCUUACUUGAAAUGCAUAUAAACAUAAUCAAGAGUCCUCUCCCAAACCUUCAGCCUACAGAAGAUGGAUGAUAGAAAGAAUAAAUUGACUCCACUUAUUAAUUUACUCAGGGUGCAAUCCUGUUCACACUUAACUGGAAGUAGGUUUGGGUGAAUCUGCCAAUUUCAUUUUUUCUGUUUUUCAUUUUUUUCCCCAGUUUUAAAUUCAGUUUUCCGCAUUUCCAUAUCAGCUUGCAAUUUUUAAAAAGUCUUUAUGACAGUUCAUCAGCAUUUUAGUUCAAUUUCUCCUCAGAUAGGCACAUGUUGCAUGCUUUUGCAAAAUUCAGAACAGUGCAAAUUUCAAAGGAUGGCAAACUUUAAUUAAACUGCAGCCGUUUUGCUCGGAGUUUGAAUCAGAUCAAAUGUUUUCACUAAGAAGGCAAAAAUCCAUUCCCACACACACACACACACACAUACACUGAUGGUGCCAUGGGUACCAAUUCUGUGCUCAAAACUUUAUUCCAUUUUACUGAAAUAAGUAGGCUUGCUUAUUUCUGUUGAUGAGAUUAGAAACUGUAGUCAAUACUGUUGCACGUUGCUGCCACCCACUGACCACAGUAAGUAAUUGAGCCCAUUUCUCCUCACUAUAUUACAUAUCCAUGCAUUUAACAUAUUAGUAAGUAGUGAUGGCUUUCAUUUCAUUUCUUGGUUAACUGAUCAAAUUUAAAAUAGCCAUGUAAUAAUUUAAUUACUUUCAGAAUGCUCUCUGAAUGAAAUGAUAAAGCACUGCAUUCAUUGAAAUGAAUAUUUUUAAAUGCAGGGGAACUUUUAAUUCAACACAGCUAUCAAUCUAUUAAAGCUACAGUAGCAUGGUGUGCUAGUAUAGCAACUAGCAAUACUGGCUGCAAGUGGAAAAUGCAUACUUUUAACAGUAAAAUCAUAUAUGGGGUUAGGAUGUCACUGACGUAUCUUCAUCUCUGACACAUUUCUUAUACAUUGCCUCCAGACUGUCACUAUUUUGUGAGAGGGACCCAAGCACUUGCAGGAAAUUUAGGUUUGUGCUGUUAAAAUGGGUUAAAUCAUUCUGUCACCCUAGUAUAAUCCACUUUAAGGGGGGUCUUUUGCAGUUGAUAGGGUGUUGAGAAAAGUGUGAGAAAGCAUUGAAAAGUGUGGGAUGAAUGAUGAACAGGAAGAUGUUUGAAUACCCCACAAACAAAUCAGAAUGAAUGGUUAAUAAGGAUAGAAUAUAGUCUAACCUCCACAUGAGCUACAUACAAGCAAAUCAUGAUUCAUUCUCAACAAACAAGCUCUGUGGAGGAGCUCAUAUCCACAACUUGUCAAUGCCACUUUUCCAAAGUAGUUGUAUCUGCAGUAAUAAGACACUAGAUGGUGCUAAAGUGCUUUUUUCCCCUUCUCGGGAACAAAUGUAUUUGAUUAAGAACUUUUGUGCAUUUAGUCCCCUUACUCAAACGUUUAAUAGCAAAAAUGUAAAAAGAAUGGAUUACCAUCAGCAUGCCAAUUCAGAAAUGAUACAAAUACCCCAAAAUACCUAGUAUAAAUUGCGUGGUAUUUGUUCAACCAAAUAUUAUGGGUCAUUGAAAUCAAGUAGCUUCAUUCCAUUGACAGGACUAACACAUUGUCCUGUCUAACACAGUGACUAACACUUUUGCUUAGCUUUUCCUUCUGUAAUUCCUCAUUGCCACCCAGCUAAGCAGUGCCAGAUUACUGAAUAGGCAGGGUAGGCCCCAGCCUAUGGGCCCCAUGCCUUUUAGGGGUCCUGCAACAACGGACCAAAAUAGUAUUGAUUUGAUCUUGAAGGAAAAGUACAAUCAAACUUUAUUAGUUCAAUGCUAUCCCACUAGAGCACAUGUGAUGGGGGAGAGCCAAGAUUUCUACUGCAUAGGAGCCUCUGCAGGGUUUGAUCCAGCAUUGCAACUAAGCCAUUGCUGAAAAUUUCUGGAUGUAAAGGUGACUACAAAUGCAAGCCAAAUGUGUACAUAUUGGCCCAGGUAGUCUUUUGCUAGCAUGGAAGGAGGCUUCUAUGAAAAAGAGUGGGAUGAAAUUACUGCAAAACCUGGUAAUACAUAAAGAUGUUAUUAACAGUUUUAAUAGAGAAUUUCCUUUCAGUACAAUACCUUCCACUGUUAAAACCAAUACAUCAUAUUUUAUAAGCAAUUCAAACAAAAAAAUUAACUUCCACAUUACAUUUAUAAAGACUUACUAACUGUACCAGAUAAUCUCAACUUUUAAACUUGCAGCUUUCCUGGGAAAUUUGUCAUGGCAUAUGUUUACUGCCAAAAUGCAGUUUUUCGUUUCAUGCAGAUAGAGUUUUGAAAGAAUAACACACAGCAAUAUUAAUUUUUAAGGGAAGCUUGGGUGAAAAACUGCUCAGCAUACACAUGGGGGCUCCCUAAGAAUGUGUGAACAUAUGCCUGCCACCUCCAUGCACACUCAUUGCAUAUAUUUUGAGUGCCAGAACAAGGCCGUUGUGAUUUACAGAGGUUUCCUUUAGACCUUGAAAAGGAAUCCUGUACUCGGGCACUGAUACAUUCACCCUAGUAUCUUAGCUAGAAUGUAAAAAUGUUGCUCAACGUUGUUCCUCUCUUUUGCAUAUAUAGAUAGAUAACCUCUAAGCAGUUUAGAUAAAAACAAUAACAAUACAGCAACUUUCAAUAACAUUUCCAAAACACAAGGAAACACAACCCAAUUGUAUAUCACAAACAAAGCCAAGCAGGGUACAAAACAACAAAAUAAAAAUGAAGAGUCAGAGUCUAGGAUAGGUUGGGUAAACAUAAGGUUUUAAGAAGUGCUUAAAGGUCAGUACUCGCUUUGCCUCACAAAUUACCCAAGGUGGGGGGCAUUUCAGAUGCCAGGUGAUUUCAUCUGUUUCUGUAUUGUCACCAGGUGACAUCCUGCUAAUCAAAAGAUCUUAAAGAUUGGCUUGGUCUGUACAAGGGGAGAUGGUGUGCUAGGUACCUGAUUCCAAUUUGUUUAGAGCCUUAAGUUCACGGCUUUGUAAUUGACAUUUAGCUUGGUAAUAAAUAGGCAGCAGUACAGAUCUUUCAAUGCUGGUAACAAAGUACGCUGCCAGUUUCAUUCUGCACUAGCUGCAGCCUCUAAACCAGAUACAAGGAUAGCUCCAACAAGCUGGAAAACAUUUCCUUGUUUAUUUCCUUCUCACACACCUUGUAGCGUUGUUCCCGAGCCAAUCAGAAUUUUGAUUUUAAUGGGUGAGAGAUUAUCAGAUGUGGCUUGCUCCACUGAUAACUUCACCUAUGAGCUUCUGCUGCAUCUCAUAUUGGGUGAGUUGCUGCCACCCCUGUUUCUCAAAGAGACAGUUCCUUAUUGGCAUAGUGGUUUGAAUCCAAAGCCUUCCACUCAUGAAAAGUUCCUCCAUUCAUGAAACAGGGCUUAGAUGCAAAGGAGGCUUACAUUAAUAGAAGUACAGAAAGGACCAUUUUUGCCAAAACCCCUUGCAGGCCCCUGGUCUGGAGAGCCCCCAUCCCCAACUCCAUAGCAGAUGGGGGCAUAGUGAGCUGCAGGAGGAAGGGGGUGAGACCUGAGUGCUCCCCUUUCUGUGAGUUGAGCUCCACUCACAGAACUCUGGAUUCAAGACAAUGCAGUUUGGGAGAACGCUGUAUUUGUAUGCAGUGCCAGCAUGUUGAUUAUAUACAGGAUGCAAUGUGCCUCAUGCACACGACGAAGGAUCAUGUUACAUUUUCCUUUCUUUUCCCUUUAGGAACCUCCCUUCGAUUCUGGACUGGGUGAAGCUGCAGAAACCAGGCGUCAUGGGCGUUAACAUAAUUACAUCAGAUUUUGUGGAGCUAGUUGACUUUGCAGCUACCGUAAUUGCAUUGAAUGAGCUUCUCCUAGAAGACAAUGAAUCCUGACAAUGGGAGAAGUUUUAAUGUGGGAAUGUUGUCCAGUCAUAUCAAGAAUUUUCUUUCAAGCUCUCUCUCCACCUAUGGGUUUUGCUGUUUCACACAAUGCCAAGGCACAAGGCCACGGGUUGAUUGGACUGCACAGUCCUCAACAGCACGGUUUCCUUCGUCCCUGUGCUGCAUGUAUGGCUGCUCUCCCUACAUCUGCUGAAAUACAGAAAAUGUGCCGGCUGGACACUUCAACAUCUGUAAAUCAUUAGCAGGAGCCUCUCUCUAGACUUGUUGAGUGUGUGCAUCCUGCAUGUUAUGAAACCCAGGAGCCCAACUCUAAAGAUAAUUAUUGAACUCUAAGUACACAUUUACCAGACUAGCCAAAAGAUUUUGUUCUUGUUGACAAAAGUCAGGCAUGUGCCCUGCUUUCUUCCUUUCAAUUGUACUGUAUAUUAAACUACCUCAGUCACUAAAAUACAAAGCACAAACAGCAUCUCAAUUGCUAACAGUGACCUUUUUGUAGAUACAUGUAUUUGUACAUGUACCAUGUAUGAGUUUUUAAGAGUUUAUUGUGAGGUAUAAAUGAAGUUUUUAAACCUCUUUCUUUCUUUUUUUACUUGAACUCUCAUUUUAAUCUAUUUAGAAAAUUUGGUAAGUUAAAACUAUUAGAGCAGAAAGAUGGGCAUUUUAAAAUACAAUGAUAUUUAUUUUGUAGCAAUUGAAAUAUCUAUGGUGGUAUGAAGUACAACGGGAACGUAGUAAGUUUGUGGAUUUUGUAGGAAAUGUUUCCCGGAUUGUGUACCACAAUCUGGUGGGUGGUGAAAAAAGAUAUUAUGUAUCUCUCAGCAAGUCACUGCUCUGACCUUGCCUUCCCCAAUUAGCCACCUUCUGAGGGAAGUUAAUUCUGCUGUGAGUUUUGCACCAGCUGUAACAGAAUAUUUCAAAUACUCCCCUAUGCAGAGUUGGAACAAAUUUGCUACCAUUAGGGGAGUCUGUUACAUCUUUGCAUGAAUUGCUCCAUUGCCCUGGCCUCCUUCCAGUCAGAAGAUGAACCCAGAUCAGAAGGUGAAGAUGGGUAAUCUUUGCUCUUACAUGCUCUGAAAGUACCCCUUUUUGGGUGUUAGCAUUUUUAAAGUGUAGUUUAGUCAUCAGAAGUUUGGAAAAAACCAAGUGAGUGCUCAUGGACAUUUCCUACAGAAUCCAUAUGAGUUUUGCAUUCCAACAUAAUGUGUGUGCAGUUUGGUGGUGGAAGACUAAGAUCAAAACUACUUUUAUGUUGUCAGAAGUUUGCUUAUUUUAUUGUUUGUCUCCAAGACAGUAUGCAAAAAACUAUAUAAGAGGAAGGCUAGGAUUUCUAUGAGCCUCAGGUGGGUCAAUGUCACCCUUCCAAUAUUUGACCCAAAGGUUUGCUGGUGCUGCUACCUCUGCUGCUUUUGUAAUCCAAUAUCUAACAUGUAGCAGCUUAAUUUAUUUUAAGUUUCACAUAUGCACAAUAUGUGAUUAGUGUCUCUUUUUGAAGUUUGUGCUGAUGGGGGAAAGCAUUUAUGUUGACUUUGAUAACUUCCUGUUUGGAAGUUCUUCCCUUGGCAUUCAUAAGGGUUAGAUUUAUCCACUGUUAUUAUAUAAUUUUAAUGGACCUUCAGGGAAAAGCAGAUUUGCUGAAAGGAAUUUCGGCUUCAGAUCUCAGGCUUGCAAUGAUUGCAAAUGAUGCCCAAAAAAAUCCAGGUUUCAAAUCUGGUGGUUUGAGUUUUCUUUUAUGUCCAUUCCUCAUGCUAGGAACCAUUUCAACCUGUCUGAAUUAGUUUGAACAGGAAAUGAAAGCAUUAUUUUCCUGCCUUUCUAAAGGGCUUUCACAGGUGUAUACAGAGCUUGAGUUUUUGUUCAUUUUAUGAACCUACUUUGAGAUGGAAUCACUGGGCUUAAUAGUUAGGUUGAUAUGUGGUUGUGUUUUCUUCCUUUCUUCAUCUCGGCUUAUAUUUAUUUGUACAUAAUAGUUUGAUAUAACAAAAUGUGGUUGUUGAGCAUACAGUGUAGCAAUGAAAACUGGCAUGAGGGAUUUCCUCUGAAACUGAAGCAUUUGCACAGCAGUACUUUGAAGGUAUUUGAUGGUUUUGUCACCAGUAAAGAGAAAACGAUGGUCAGGGACAAGUGCUUAAGAUUUUGAGGUGUGUUCCUAAUGAGAUCUCCAUUAUCAUAUGGAGGGGACAUACUUGUUGCAAGUCUCAGGGUGAAAGACAAGUUCAGACAAGUUCACCCUUUGAACAGACAAUCCACACCUGAACUUGUUUAUACCAUUCAAGAAGUGAAUCAGUGAUUGGAAGAGUCAAACACUGAUUUGCUUAGAAUAUCUGACUAUAUGAUCUCACCUUUCAGUAAAAAUGAAGUGACCUGUGAACGAAUCACAGUGGUGUGACUGAAACUGCCUGGAAUUUCCUAUUUGUGUAGACAGAGGCAGUUGCUGAGAAAAGACUUGAUAAUGACCUCUGAUUCUCAAUCAUGUAUAUGGAUACUUUGAUGUGGGGUUGAAAUAGACAUGUAUACAGUUGGGUUUGAUAGCUGCCUGUUAUUAAGAUGGCGAGUUUGUUCUAUUUAUUUUGUAUUUAUUUGAGUUUGUUUUCGGUCCUACCAUGCAAGUUUCAGAGCAAAAGUAUAAUUUAAAGCAAAUGAAGAUAUAAGAAAGGUAUAUUUUGAUAUCUUUGAUAUGGCCAGUUGAACUCUGUCAGAGCACCAUAUGUUAAUGCCAGAAGCUUCUCAGUGUGGGGCCUCAUUAAACUUUUUCACAUGAUAAAGUCACCACAUGGUGAUUUUUGUGAUGUUUUGUUUGCAUGAUCAAUAUUUCAUUUGGUUGCUUCCUCAGUGUUUGGUGAGAGGUGGUUCUCUCUGUCCUGGUUCACAUGCAGUGUUGAAACAUAGUUUAAGAUGGUGCUUUUAAUGUACAUGAGCAAUUUGAUGCUCCUCCACUUCUGUGUUGCACAGCAGGAAGCAAAGCAGAAUCUGGUGUUAGUUUGAACCUGGGAAAACAAGCCAGACUCUGCCUUGUUUCCUCUCCCAGACAGCAGCAGGGAAGGAACAAAGUACUUGCAUACAUUUAAAGCUACCAUUUACUUUAAAAUAUGGUUUGAUGUUGUGGUCAAAUGCAGUCCCUGUGCAAGUUGGUUUUAAUUGGGUUAAAGUUAGACCUGGCAUGCUAAAUAUCAUGCCUCAGUCCAUGAAGGUGAGUUGCUACAUGGAAAUCUGCACUUGGACUGUAUUGGUUUUCUUGAGAAAGGGGUUAUAUAGCUUGAACAGUUACUGUGAAUUUCAUUUGCUGUCCUUUUCAUUUGAGCUUGGUGUAUAAUAAAACAAGUCCUUUGGUGAUCAGAAGCAUAGCAACUAGACAUAAAACAGGAGGCUGCUUUCUGGUUUAUGAAGGACCUAAUCUAUUUGAUUCCUCUGGCUUAAUAAGUGUCCCUUGAGCAUAGUCUAUCCUCUACUCCUUUUCGGAAAGAAAUUUAAGGCUGAUUUGCACAUGCAUGGUUGCUUGUACCACAAUGGGACAAGUGCAGAUUCCCACAACACAACUGUGUGAAUUGGCUCUCUUUUGGAGGUGGGGAGGGUAUAUUGGCAUGAUUAAAACUCAUCUGAACCUUAAUGUGGGUUGCCAACAGCUUUUCAGAGGAAGCUGCACUCAGAGGAAACUUCCCUUUUCAUAGGAAGUUUGCAGAACUAGGACCACUCAUGUGGUUUGUAGUGUCUAUCAUUUGCCAUUAGAGUCAUGCAGAAUACAUUUAAGAGCAAAGGUAUCAAAGACAGAAAAUAAGGCCAAGUAUGUCAAUAUUAUUUCAAUUCUUACAAACUUUAGGUUGGGAUUUUAUUGUGCAAUUUAGUGGUUGUGCAGAUGAGACCUUGUGGUAUAAAGGGAUUAGAUUUUUUAAAAAUGGUUAUUUAUUAUUCUGUUAAUUUAUUCUGUAGGCUUCUGUAAAUUAUUGCAUUUGGAAUUGUUAUGGGCCAUAUUAUGUUGUGAAUUGUUAUGGACUGCAUAAAAUGUUGUUUUAAUGAACCAGAAUAAAUGUUAUACUUUGUCCAGUGCCUAGCACAGUAAGCCCUAGUACUUGGGGCAACUUGAUGCAUUCCUGCAGCCAACAGUAUACAAGGGUGGUGGUGAGAGUUUGGUUGUCUCCAUUAGCAUGAAUACGCUUAUCACUAUGGUUCUGGCUGACCAAAGCAAUGGGUGACCAGACACUUAACAAAAGUGCUCAAACGGUCUUUCAUGUUCUGUAACUCCUUUGCAGUCUUGGAAAUGUGACAACCAUCAAAGUUGCAGGGGUGAAACAGAGAAACAUUUUUAUUUUGAAGCAGACAGGCAGAUCAGGUGGAAAAGAGCUAUGGUUCAGCCAAAGGGAAAGCAUAUUUGUGUGCAGAAUCUCUCUCUUUGGGAACCCAAUACAUGGUUAGGAAGUGUGCUGUCUGGUCUUGGAGUCUAUUUGCUUCUACUAUGCAAUGCUGAUAUGAGAAAGACUCUGUAAGAAUUUGUGCUCUAUCAGGUUAAAAUUUGACAGAAAACAUGAGAGAUUUUUGUUUUGAUUUUCACAGUGUAACCCAUGAAAUAUAUCCUUAUGGUCCAUAAGCAAUCUGCAGCUAAUACUUUUUGCUACAAACAAAAGUGAUAGAAGAAUACAAAGGUCUAUUAGGAUGUCAAGUAUUUAUUAUGACUAUUUCCUAUAAGUACCUGAUAUCUGACUUUAUGUGAGCUACACUUUUUUGUGUCUGAUGUCUUUCUUUAGUAGUCUCUGAUUCUUUUCCUGAAAAUAUAUACAUUUCAUUUUUCCCCCUCUCCAGAAUGUUGACUGUUCCAAGUCGAAUUGGUUCAUUGUACCUUACGUUUUCUAUUUCAAAACUCCUGGGUAUUGUAAAGCCAGUAUACCUCACUUUAUUUCUGUACGUAAAAUUUGGGGCUACAUCUGUUUUUCACAUUUACUUGCUGUUUUGUUUCUAAUCGUGAAAUUUCUAACUUUAUAUGUGUGUGCGCACCAUGACUGGAUACAAUGGAAUUAUUCUGUUAAUUGUUCAAUUGUUGUGCAAAGCAAUUACAGGAAAUGUACAACUUUUCUUCCAACAACUUACAAAUGCAGAUAACAAUAAACAGAUGAAUUCGCAUU